UGUUGGACGAACUCGUAUCUCGUCUGCGCCAGAGGGAUAGCUAGUGCCUGUUGAGCGGCACUUUCGUCACUUCUUCCUUGUCCUUUGUUGCCGGAAUUGGUCGCUGCGCGUGUAGUAGCGGCGUAGAGGUGUAACGGAGUGGUGUCGCGGCUGGCCAUUUGAUUCAUACAUCGAUACGCACGUACGAUCAUUUCGCAAACAUGAAGUAUCUCUCGGUUUUCUUUUUUGCCAUUUCGACGAUCGCCGUUGUUCUCGGCGACGAGAGUUCCAUCCAAGAGGAGGAUGGCGUUUUGAUUUUAACGAAGAAAAACUUUCAACAGGCUGUUACCGACAACCAGUUUGUCCUCGUCGAAUUCUAUGCUCCAUGGUGUGGCCAUUGCAAAGCAUUGGCACCAGAAUAUGUCAAGGCAGCUAAGCAGUUGGCAGACUUGAGCUCUGAAGUAAAACUUGGAAAAGUUGAUGCCACCGUAGAAACAGAGCUUGCAGAGGAACAUGGCGUCAGGGGUUACCCAACUCUGAAAUUCUUCCGCAAGGGAUCACCUGUUGAGUACGGCGGCGGUCGACAAGCUGAUGACAUUGUUAAUUGGGUACUUAAGAAAACUGGACCUCCAGCCAAGAGCUUGACUUCCGUAGACGAAGCUAAAGCUUUCAUCGACGGAAACAAUGUCGCUGUCAUUGGCUUUUUCAAGGACACGGAUUCAGAUGCUGCAAAAUUAUUCUUGGAUGUUGCAAACAGCGUUGAUGAUCAACCCUUCGGUAUUUCAAGCAGCGAAGAUGUGUUUGGCGAAUACCAAGUCGAAGAUGGCAAGAUUGUUUUAUUCAAGAAGUUUGACGAAGGAAAAGCUGAAUUUUCGGGCGAAGUAACUGAAGAAGCUUUGAAACGUUUUGUUGCCAGCCAAUCUUUGCCUCUGAUUGUAGAAUUCAAUCACGAUACUGCUCAGAAAAUCUUUGGUGGAGACAUCAAGAGCCACUUACUGUUGUUCUUGAGCAAAGAGGGAGGUGACUUUGAUAAAUAUGUUGAAGGUAUCAAGGAAUCAGCAAAGAAGUUCCGUGAACAGGUUCUGUUCGUUACAAUUAAUGCCGAUGAGGAAGAUCACGAGAGAAUCUUGGAGUUCUUUGGAAUGAAGAAACAAGAAGUUCCUGCAAUGCGUUUGAUUAGGUUGGAAGAAGAUAUGGCCAAAUACAAGCCAGAAAAUCCGGAACUUACGCCUGAGAAUGUACUUGCAUUUGUAACUGCAUUCACAGAGGACAAAUUGAAAAAGCAUCUGCUGUCCCAGGAUUUGCCUGAAGAUUGGGACAAAGAACCCGUCAAAGUACUCGUCAGCACUAACUUUGAUGAAGUUGUCCUUGAUACCGAGAAGGAUGUCCUAGUCGAGUUCUACGCCCCUUGGUGCGGUCAUUGUAAACAACUGGUGCCAAUCUAUGAUGCUCUUGCUGAGAAAUUCAAAGACAGCAAAACGGUUCUCAUUGCGAAGAUGGAUGCCACUGCCAACGAGCUUGAACACACCAAAAUUACUAGCUUCCCAACAAUAAAAUUGUACCAAAAAGGAGACAAUAAGGUUGUAGAAUACAGUGGAGAAAGAACGUUGGAAGGAUUAUCCAAAUUUUUAGAGACUGGAGGUGUUUACGGUCAGAGCGCCGAAGAGGCCGAAGAAGAAGAUGAAGAUGAUGAUGUGCCACGAAAGGAUGAGUUGUAACCUGGUGCACAAUCCAAGAACAACAAUUACCCCUUAAAAUAUCUUUUCCUAUCACAUGGAGCGAAGUCGGCGCAAACAUGUGUUGUUGAAUCGUGCGUUGGGUCACAUUAAAAUGGGGGAAAAGAAAAAGUAAAUUAAAAAUAAGGUCACCUGUUGUGCUUAAAAAAAAAGCGUCAAACCUAUAUUUACACCACUAAAUACUGUCAUUUUAACGUACAAAUAUCUAAGAGGGUUGUUAGUACUCGAUUUUAUCAAAUGAGAGGUACUAAAGAUCGGCCGAAUCAUGUCCAGGAACAAUUUGUCUACAAGCUGUCAAAAGUUUUCACAACAUUUCUCUGCUGACUACAAAUCUAUUCGUACUUUACAUUUUUGUAAUUCUGGAUCUUAUUCUUGUGUAUAAUUACUAAAUAGGUUUAGGUUGAGAUUUUUUAAAAUUGAUAUAUUGCAUACGAUCAUAUACAGGUUUUUUUUUCCCGCAAUUUGAGCAUUUUUCUGUUAAUGCUUUGAGUAUUUUUGUUUUCAUUCAAUUGAUCAAAUCCUAGUACAAGUCAAGAAAACCUUACCUAAUUAUCUCCCGAUUCUUAAAUUUGACCGUUUGUGAGAUGUACUUUUUACCCUCGAUUAAUACAUCUUCAAAUCUGUACAUCGAACAAUAGUAGAUUUUUUUAUGUCGAGUACAAGUUUGCUAAUAAGCGAGGCGAAAAAGACUGCCCCCAUGGUGCGCAUGAUAUUUUAUAUAGCAAAAGUAUGGUUUACAAGUUUUGUUUCGUUAUUGCGAAGUGCAAAAAAAAUAGUACUUAGUACUAAGGCAUAAAGGUGCUCUUUUUCUGUAUUAUCGCAAAAAUGAUUACUUCAAGUAUAGAACACAAUAUUCUCGCGUCCAAACCAUGAUUGGGUCACAUAAAACAUGAUCAAAUACGAAAGAAAGCUGUGGAAUAAUAAGGUUAAAAAUUCGACGGAACUACAGGGGAUUUCGUUCACUCAUGCUUCACCGUGACAAAUUGUUAUUUAAAUAUCCAAGUUGAACCAUCACAGCGACCUGAUUGACAAAAAAGCCACCAUAUAAAUGUGUUGAGCUGGGACGAUUUAUUCUCCUUUCAUCUGUUAUUCAGUUUAAUUCUUAUCUUACAGAAUCUAAUAAUUUGUGAAACAGAAUUUAUCACUUAUUUGGACUUGAUUCGAAGUUCUAUGCAUGCACAUAUAUCCACGUAUGUUUGCUUCAGAAUUGCCUACAACGUAAUGUAAACCAGUUUUUGUUUUUGCUAGGUUGUUUCAUACGGGCCCAGAUAGUUUUUUUUUAUAUUUUUUUUUAUAAUACUUCCAUUUUUCCAUUCUGUAUCUUAAGUCUAUUUCUGUUGAACCUGCCAAUAAUUAUUCAGAUACAUGACUGUUGAUUUAUCUGCAGGUUAUUUAUUCCAUCUGUGGCAUUUAAUUGAAGGAAACUAGAAAAGUGGUUGUUAUUUAGGAAGUAUUUAAGCCAGGAAAUAAUUCCAAUUUAAUUGUAAUUUUACCGACUGAAACGUUUGUAGAAGAUUAUGGAUGAGAUAAAAUGAGAAAUUAUAUCUUUUAA